UCCAGAAGGUUCUUUGCUUGGCUAAGUCUCAAAUCCGUAACACGAAAGAAAGAAAAAGAGCACAAUUCUACAUCGAGAUCGAGAGAGAGAGAGAGAGAGAGAGAGAGAUGGGGUUGCAGUGGGUGAUCUUGGGUGCGGUGGUAGCAGCGGAGGCGGCAGUGGCGGCGCUGCUAAUCCUCCCCGCACCGCGGGUCAUCAAGUCGCGGAUCGUAGCCUUAGCGUCGCUUUUCCUCCAGCCCGGCGCCGGCAUCCUUCCUUUCGCCGCCUUCCAGUUAUUGGAUUUGCACUGGAAGAACGAGCACCGGCUGAUGUGCACCUCCGACGUCUGUACCAUCGAAGAGAGGACUCGAUACGAGAAAUCUAUAUUUAAAGCACAAAGAAACAUCAUUCUGUGUGUCUUGGCUUGUCUCCUUUAUUGGUGUAUCUUCCGCAUUUGCAAAUAUCACAAAGAGAUUAGGGAAUUGGAAGAAGUUGAGAAGCGUCUGAAAGAUCAGUAGCCAAACCAGGUUAGGUUGGCGGGGUGUCCUUAUACGGCUUUUGUUGAUCUGGAUGCUGUUUCCCAGUCCGAACCUGAAGCUAAGUUGAUUGAACUUUCCAAGUUGCAAGAACUAUAUAUGUAGAUGAGAUACUUAACGUUCUCUGCAUUUACUUCCAUACAUUUGAUGUUCCUGGAAUUUAGAUCAAAGCAGUUGCUGAUAUGUCCUGUCCUCUACAGAAGCUUCUGACCUUGUUAUAAACUAAGACCGUACAGUCUAAUGCCUGUCAGUAUUAAUAUAACUGAUAUCGCCUGUGCAUGUUAGAUUUA